CAGAGAGUCUAUGAUUAGGGCUGCGGUUUGAGGGGAAGGAGGCUGCCACCCACCGUGGAAGGUCAAGGGGCUUUUUUACGCACACUUCUCGUUGACCAGCUGCUUUCUGUUCAUGUCUAACGUUGUGGUGUAGUUCCUGAAUCAGUCUGCUUUGCCGUUGAGGACUGAAGUAUGUGCAGCUGAUCUCCAGGGAGCAGCACGGUGCGUGAAAACGUCUUGGAGUUCUCGGCAUGGCUCUGGAGAGCGCGUCGCUCCUGAAAGCAGGGCUCGUGUUGUGGAUGGCAGCCCAAGUCUUUCCAACAGCGUCUGGCUGCAACAGAGGUUACUACGAAAGGGCGAUCAAUGAUUUCUGCUUGGCCAAGUUCAAACUAGACAUGGGAGGACUGGACCGAGGCCUGUACUGCAGCUGGACGGACACAAUGGAGAUCUACGAGGGACUGACAAACUGCACCUACCAGGUGGCCUUGAGGAUGGACUGCUUCUGGCCGAAUCAGAUAGUCGACCGCUUCUUCAUGAACAUCCACCGGAUCUACUUCCACGACUGUGCUGUGACCGGACGCCUCCUCCAAGAACCGCCGAACAGCAUCCUCGCCCCGUUCAUCGGCGUGCCUGUGCUGGUCACCCUGAUCAUGACUGCCCUGGUGGUGUGGAGGAGUAAACGCACAGAGGGAGUUUUGUAGAGACUUGUACAUACAUAAGGACU